UGGCUGGUCAGGUGUGCGCGAGGUGAGGAGCGAGAAACCGUGGGAACAGGUGCGAAGUAAGCGACAGCAGCUCAACGUAGUCAAUUAAUUACGACUGAACGAAACAGUAGUGCGUUUGUUAGCUUUGAUACAGUAUGCUACAAAAGUGUGCUAAUAGAGGGAGAACUGCGCAUCCCAGCUGGCAUUAAGAAGAAGAUCAAAGCGAGCUCCGUUUAGAAAUCUGGUGAACUCCUGGCCUAAAACUCCCUCAUAUUACUUGCAACCACACCUCGGGGCAUUCAGUCUAACUGCACCUGGACGAACAGAGCAGAGCAAUAGUGUUGUUGAAGGCACCUCAUCGCAAAAUAUCAUGGAGGAGUUUAUUCAGAAGCUGCCAGAUCUGGAUGUCAGCCGCUACAUCAGAAACAUGUCCACCCCUGUGUUAAUCAGCAUGGGGGCCGUCGCUGCAGCGACAACCUAUUACCUGGCAACACGACCCAAGCACCUCCCACUGGUCUGUGACCUCCAGAUGCAGUCAGUUGAGGUUCAGGGUGGAGAUUUGGCACGCCGAUCAGUUCUACUGACCACUGACAGUCCCUUGACACAUAUCUAUGAUGAUGCCACUACGUUGUAUGAAUUCUUCCUCAGAGGUGCCAGAGUGUCCAAUAACGGUCCCUGUGUCGGCUCCAGGAAGCCAAAACAGUCUUAUGAAUGGAUUUCCUACAGAGAGGUAAUUGAGCAAGCAGAGAAUCUGGGUUCUGCAUUUCUUCACAAAGGAAACAGCAAGACCGCCGACUCUCACAUCGGCAUUUUCUCUCAGAACAGACCAGAGUGGACCAUCAGUGAGCUGGCGUGUUACACCUAUUCUCUGGUGUCAGUCCCUCUAUAUGACACGCUGGGAGCGGAGGCCAUCGGCUAUAUUAUAGACAAAGCUUCUAUCUCAACUAUAGUGUGCGAUGUGACGGAUAAAGUCAAUCUAGUGCUGGACUGCAUUAACAACACGAAACACAGUGUGAGAACCAUUGUUCUAAUGGAGAGCCCGAACACCAGCCUGAUCGAGCGGGGACAGCAGGCUGGAAUCCACAUCCUCAGCCUGCGGGAGAUGAUGGCCAUAGGGAAGGCCAACCACCAGGAACCACUGCCCCCUCAGCCUAAGGACAUGGCAGUCAUCUGCUUUACCAGUGGAACAACAGGAAAACCAAAGGGAGCUAUGUUGACACAUGGGAAUAUCGUCUCCAACUGCUCAGCUGUUGUCAAAGUUACAGGGACCACCUGUCCAGUGCUUCCCAGUGAUAUCCAUUUCUCCUAUCUGCCCCUGGCCCACAUGUUUGAGAGGGUCGUGCAGGGAGUCAUGUUGAUGCAUGGAGCCAGGAUUGGUUAUUUCCAGGGAGAUAUUCGUCGACUGUCAGAUGACAUGAAGGCACUGAAGCCUACUGUGUUCCCCGUGGUUCCACGACUCUUAAACAGAAUGUAUGAUAAGGUCUUCGGUCUGGCCAACUCACCCUGGAAGUGCUGGCUGCUGGAAUUUGCCUUCAAGAGGAAGCAUUCAGAGAUCAUGAAAGGCAUCAUUAGGAAAGACAGUAUAUGGGAUAAGCUCAUCUUCAACAGGGUCCAGGCCAGUCUUGGUGGCUGCGUGCGUCUCAUGACAACAGGAGCUGCUCCCAUAUCUCCAGUUGUUCUCACCUUCCUCAGAGCUGCACUAGGCUGUCAGCUCUAUGAAGGCUAUGGACAAACCGAGUGCACUGCAGGUUGCACAGUAACCAUGCCUGGAGAUUGGACUGCAGGUCACGUUGGAGCUCCUCUGCCCUGUAACACAGUUAAACUGGUGGAUGUACCCGAGAUGAACUACCUGGCUGAAAAUGGAGAGGGAGAGGUGUGUGUGAAGGGCGCCAACGUAUUCCAAGGCUAUCUAAAUGACCCAGAGAGAACAGCAGAGACCAUCGAUGCAGAUGGGUGGGUCCACACGGGAGACAUUGGGAAGUGGCUUCCGAAUGGCACCCUGAAGAUUGUGGACAGAAAGAAGCACAUCUUUAAGCUGGCACAGGGCGAGUACAUUGCUCCUGAGAAGAUAGAGAACAUCUACAUGAGGAGUGACGCGGUGGCGCAGGUCUUUGUGCAUGGAGACAGUCUGCAGGCAUGUCUGGUAGCAGUGGUGGUUCCUGACCCUGACUUCCUGUCUGACUGGACCAAGAGGACGCUGGGAUUGCAGGGCAGCUACCUGGAACUGUGUGGCAGAGCGGAAGUUAAAGCAGCCAUCUUGGAAGACAUGCUGAGGCUGGGCAAGGCAGGAGGCCUCAAGUCCUUUGAGCAGGUAAAAGCCAUCUGCAUUCACACCGAGCUGUUCUCCAUCGAGAACGACCUGCUCACUCCAACAAUGAAGGCCAAGAGGAACGAACUGCGCCAGUACUUCAGAUCCCAGAUCGACGAGUUAUAUGCCGGGAUCAAAAUGUAGAAGGACAAGUGGAGAGCAGGAGGGAAGAAUAGGCGGCAGCUCCUCUAAUGGUUCUUUAAGAUUCAAUUAAAAGGGGAAAAAUUAAGAGAGGUACAAGCUGAAGCACACAACGGAAAGCAAAUGAAUGAGACCCUCUGAGGCCAUCAUCACAGGCCUGUACUACAAAGCAGGUUAUCUUUUUAUUACCUGGCUUAAUUAAAAGUAACAACCGCUAUCGCGCACACAAUGGUGCUUAUCAAAUCAGUAAUGUGACUUUAUGGACAUAGACAAAUAAAAAGGACACUACAGUACAAACCCCGAGGACUCGCUUUAGUUCUCAUGGCCAAACAACAUGAAUGUCGUGCUCAACAGACACAAAAUGACUACAGGAUCUGUGGUAUGCAAUACAAAAAGUCUAUUUUAACUGUUGAUGGAACUGAAUGGUCUUUGAUACAUAUUAAUGAUGAUGAUGCUGAUAAGGUGUUGAGUCUGAAGAAGGUUUUUUUGUUUGUUCUUCACCUUUUAUCACAAAUCUCAGGACUGCAAAAAGCAAACACACAAUGUGCAGUUUUGUUCUCCAUCAGCCUCACACAGAAUGUUUCACUGGCAUUGAUGAGACAGUUUGAUGUCAUAAUUUUGUUUUAGUGUUGAAUUUUUAACAGCAAUAUUGUUUCACUUGGUU